AUAACCUAACUGUAGUAAAAUUGGGCAAUCUUUCGGCCCAUUUUUUUAUCAUCAACUUCAGCCAUAAUCGAUCAGCUUUGCUGAUGAUGAUCGCUGGGUAAUCAAAAUUCACAUCGUUAUUCCAUUUUUAUGCUCCGACACCUUGCUUGUCUCGCUCCGCUGGGUUCAACUCGAAAGCCCAUAGGGUUAAACUCAGUUCCUCUGCCGUUAAACCCUAGGGGCAGUAGGAACUUGUUGAGCAUACAGGAUGAGUACAAAGGUUGACCAGAUAUCUGCUGUUGGACCUCACAUUGCCAAUAUGUCUGCAACAACUACUUCAUCCACUGCAUCAACUACAGGCCCAAAGGUCUCAAGGUUUGCUGCGAAGACUGGCUUUGUUAUACCUAAAAAUAAAUUGUCAGGUUCACUGGUCCCUAUUUUCCGAGGAGGUAAAAAACCCGGAGGAAAUGCUACUACCAAUGAAGAUAAUAUGGACCAGAUUCAGAGGAAAACAAAAUGGGGCCCUGAUCCAACACAGGAUGCUGCUGUUAGAAGGGGUAGGGCCUUAGCUUAUCAGACUCGGGUGGACCAGAUUACGCAACAGCUGAAGUCAGGAAAUCUGGAUGCCGGGGAUACCGAAGACUCACCAUUCGUGUCUCAGAAUAUGGUUAAAAGCACUUCUGAUACUCAACUUGAAAGUGAGAAAUUAGAACUCUUGGAGAUUGAAAGACGGGAGGCUAUUGGUGAAAUACUAAAAUUGAAUCCAAGCUACAAAGCACCAGCAGAUUAUAAACCAUUAUUGAAAGAUGCAACAGUUCCCAUUCCUGUGAAGGAAUAUCCUGGAUGCAAUUUUGUUGGUCUAAUAUUUGGUCCCGGAAGUGAUACUAAGAAGCGACUAGAAAAGGAAACUGGAGCUAUAGUACAAGUUUACGGCAUUAAAGCAAAUACUGGAGAGAAGGUUGAAAUUUCUACUCCCGAUGGUAAUGAAACCCAGGAUGCUUAUGAAGAGCUGUAUGUUCAUCUAUCAGCUGACACUUUUGAGAAAGUUGAUGGAGCGGUGGCGCUGAUUGAGUUGCUAGUUAGUUCAAUAUCAGGAAAUUUAGGUGCUGGUUCAGUGCCUGCGAUAUCUGGUAAUGAUGUGAAUGUUCUAAGUCAAAUCCCUGACACAGCUGUAUCAUGUGUGACUGAUGCUGCUUUAAAUCAGCAAGUUCCACAACUUACACUAGCAUCUCCACAAGGUCAGUUUCAAUAUCAGAAUUCAUGGUUCCCUACCAGCUCUAUGCCGCUGAAUUUUUCAGCACCAGUUAUCAAUAGUUCUGUACCUGCACAGUCCUCACCUUCGAACCCGUCUUCACUCUUUGGGCCACGGCCACCUCCUGCAGCUGGAUACAACUCAAUUGUUCAAAACUCAUCCCUUGUUUCAUCCAGUCCACAACUUCCAAGACAAGUACAAUCACAGCCAUAUAUGCCUCUGAUGCAUCCUCUAAGUCAUACUGGUCCUCAAAAUUUUCUUAUCCCGAAUCCAAAUCCUCCAUCUUCUCAACCUGGCAAUUUUUCUUCACUACCUUUUACUGGAAACCAGCCCCAUGCGCUGGGGCCACUCCCUGGCCCUAGACCGUCGAUGCCUUUGUUUCCCCAAGCUGCAUCUAAUGUUUCAUCAGGACUGCUAAAAGAGCAGCCAGCAGUACCUGCAGGAAGCUCCUCAGGCUGGUCAGCCAGCUCUGCAUCCCCAGGUCUGAGCAAUGUAGGGCAACUGGCUCCACCUGCAGUUCUAUCCCAGGUGCCUCAUCCUGUAGUUCCACGGCCGGUUGUUGCAUUGAGUUCUUCUGCCCCUCCAAACAUGUCAGCUUCUUUUGCAACCGGGCAAUCUGGUCCUCGGUUAACCAGUGCACCUGUCAACCAUCCAUCCUUGCCUUUUCCUCCUGGUCCUCCACUAGUGUCUGCACCACCACCAAUGCAAUCCUCUUUACCUGCCAUUUCCAUGGCACAACCGCCAAAUCCAUCUCUAAAUCCAGCAAUGUUAUCUAGACCAAUUAUCUCACAAGUACCAUCCACAUCCUUGCCACCAUCUCUGCCAAGAGGAACUUCUGGUUCUAUUCCUGGAAACAUGGCAAAUUUUGCUCCCAUAAAUCAACCUUCAGCAAUAGCUGCUAGAUCACAACAGUCAAGUUCAGGGGAUUUUACAUUUCAACCUCACCAAACACAGGGCCCAGCCUAUCCAAUGGUUCCAAGACCAGUCAGUCAGGCUGCAAAUCAACAUGGUCUAGCCCCCAGAUCAGCAGUUCACCUGCAACCACCACAAGCUCCACCUUUCCAGUUUGGUGUGCCCAAUUCCACUCCUCAAUCAGGAAUGCAAGUGUUUCCUAGGCCUCAGGGUGGCAACCAGAUGGGUUUGCCACAAACUCUCAUGUCUUCUUCACAGCUCGCUGCUCAGCAAAAUGCCAUGUCUGCCAGACCUCCAGCAUUCCCGGGCACCGGUCCUAAUCCAGUUCCACAAAUGGGAUUGAGAAACUUUGUUCCACCUCCCCAAGCACCCAAUAUUGCCGGUUCCUUUCCUUCUAGGCCAGGGCAUUCUUUGCAACAUCAACAGCAUUACCCACCUCUGCCACCUAGGCCGGGAAAUUUCGCACCUCCAAACCCCCGAUUUUCCAGCAGUGGUUUCCCACAGUCCACUAGGUCUACAUCGGGCCAUUCUGCCGGACAGCAAGUUUAUGAUCCAUUCUCUCCCACUUCUGUUCCUGGGGCAUCUCAACACCAGGGAGGUGGUAAAGCAAAUGCAAGGAAACAGGACAGUGAUCCCGAGUAUGAAGAUUUGAUGGCUUCAGUAGGAGUAAAGUAGGUAAUCAUUUUGACUAAUUUGUUUUAAGACGGCCAUAAUCAGGAGAUUAUAUUUCAAUGAUUUAGACUUUCUGUUUGAAGAUGUUAAAUAUAGGAAAAAAAGGUAGAAUAGAAAAGAAAUUAUUUUCUUCAAA